GUCAGUCAGUCAACACUACGCAAUCGGACACGGAAUUCGUCACGAUCAGAUCCAAGGAAAAUUGGGCAUUUUGGAGUCGUAGCGAUUGCAUUUGUUUGUUUUAACAACAGACUCAAAAAAUUUGUGGUUUAGUUUGCAGAUUUUAAUAACACUCGUCGGCUAAGACGUUAAAUAUGCAAGUAUAACUACACCGUUCGAAAUACCCGAUCCAGAUUGUGUCAAGAUGAUGACUUUAGGCCGCCAAUUCACCAUCGGAACACUUUACAAUUACGCCGAAGAUACAAUCGUGCCAAAUAUGCGCUUGUGGGAUCCAGACGAUGUGGUCAGUUUGGUCGUCGUAAAAACGAAAAAAAAAGGAACUGUCAAGGUUCAUUCGAUGGCGACUGAGGAAACCAGUGAUAAUAAAGACGAUGUAACAGAAUGUGAUGGGCCUUGGCUAUCUUAUUUAGGAAUGGAUAAUCACACGGCGAUGAGUCUGAUGACCGGCAUGUUGCGUCCACCAUCCGGAAGAGCUUGGCAGUACGCGGCCGACUGGGCGGACUGGAAGGCGGAAACGUUUGUUCGUCAAAACGAAGUGGCGGUACAUUGUUGUUGCUCCAGCAAGAAAGUCUCGGCGCUCGAUUCAAUUUCACAACUGGAAAUCAUUUGCCGUCCAGAAAAAUUAAUAAAGAGCGGAGCCACUCACGUCGUCGUGGCCGUCACUUAUGGCCUGGAAGCCUUUUGCAUUUUUCCCCAUCAACAGCAAAAGUCAAACACGACAAAUGAUGACGAUGACAAAGCCAUUGAAAGAAUGCGGAACUACGCCCGCAUAUUCGCAGAUCGGCUCAUGGACGAUAGAAACCAUUUAGAACCGGAUCAGGAUCAAGAAUGUGACAAAGAGGACGGCGGACAAUGUUUCGUCCCGCUAGACUUGCAGUGCAUUCUCUACAGCGAUUUCAAUCAAGUUAAAAGGGACGGGAAUAAUAGCUGGACUUCUAAGCCCGUCGCAGAACAGUACGAAGCCUGCAGGUCGGUACUGAACCAUCCAGCCAACAUGGCAAUUCCGCUGAAAGUAUUAUUGUACCCACUCCAAGAAUUGAUGCCUAAUAUAGAAGGUAAAACUAAGAUCCCGCGAAAUCUUCGAGAUGUGUCGUUGAAAAUAGUGCUUCGCUGUCAAAUUAUAUGGAACCAUUUGCAACGAAUUCGUUGCGACACACAGUGGCGGUAUCCUACUUUCAUGUAACUGCUACUCGGUGACAGCCUACUAACCAAUUGAUUGAAACUACUUCUCAAUUCUUCUACCUUUUCUUACUCGCCUUACUAAUUUUAUUAGAAACCCCUAUCCGGUGUUCAGCUUACUAAGAAUAAACUAAACCACUUUAAAUUCUUUCCUGCUUUUACUACCCACCCCUUACUUAAAAAGUUUUGGCCACUUCAUUUACGGCAUUGGUUGUAGGAGAUU